CAGAGCUGCAUGUCUUGCAUUGCGCCUUUCAAUGGGACAACAACGUAUAAGAUCCUUCAGCGGCACUGGACCCGGGUUGUUGUAACAGGUCUGAGGAGAUUUCAUUACGCUUGAACUCCGGUAGGCUAAUACUUGAACCUGCUCCACUACUGUCAACCUCUGAAUUUUUCUAAGUCAACUGUAUGCCUAUAGUAUACCGCGUUAAGGGGGACGCACACGGGCAUAAUAUUAAAUUGAUAGGCUACAACAUAAAAAAUGUAAAGCUCUUUAUUGAUUAGAACACGUGUGAGCCUUUUAUCUAAACACGUGGAUGAAUUGCGCAAAGCAGCAUAGAUGCUCAAAAUGGUUCAAUUUCGUGGACAAAAAAAGUGAUUUAAUUUAAUUUAUUAGAAUACCCUAAGCAUGGCUGUACAUUUCUGACUCAGUGGAGAGGCGACCUUUAGAAUGAUGUUAUGUGUCAGAAACCUUUAUGAGCUAGACGGCUGUAGGCUUAUACAAAGGCGUAUAAAACCACGAGUUAAAUGCAUAGGCUCAGGCUGCUUCACAUGUGUUGAAUUGUGCAGUGGGAUCAAGCGCGUAUUUUCAAAUGAGAGGAAAGGAUAACGAAGUUUAACACACGCUUUCAACAGAGGCGGAGGCUAUUAUGUUCAUUACAUGCAGCCAAUGCCAUUGAUUAAAUCAUUCAAUACUGUGAUAUAUCGAACAUUUCAAUAAGCAAACACUUGUUUGGAAAACCAUUCUUAUUUUAAAAAACAAAGUUAGCCUAUACAUUUCAAAUAUUUCAGCAAUGAUUGUUGAUUGUACUUUUUUUUAAAUGUGCCUGUAGAAAAAACCUAAUGCACAUACAACAGCUGAUAGACAUCUGGAAAAAGACACGUAGGACCUGUUGUUUAAUAAGCUAUGCAUAAAGGCUGAACAAACCAAUUAUGACUGGUUAUUUAGUUGGAAAGUAUAGGCCUGCUGAAUUAUGAUAAAAGGCCUCAUAAUGUAUGAUGAUUAUUAUUAUGACAUAAACUAACAAUAGGCUAACUGAUAGGCUAUGCAUUGAUGGUGCCCAAAGCAAACGUAUAAGAUUUAUAUUUAGCCUAUCAGAUUUAAUAACCUAAAUUAUUUGAUUCUUUGAGUGCUAUUUUGUUAAAUGAUAGGCCUAUAAUUAAUUGCAUUCAACGUUUUCCCAUUCAAAUAGGCUAUAAAUGAACUUCUACCUAAAUGAUUUGCUUGGAUUAUGCUAUUAAAGCAUUUCAAAUUACGUUCCAGUGGUUUGAUGAGUUGAAUAGAUUUUCUAGGCUUCUAUAUGAAAUAAAGUCACAUCAGUCACAUCAUUGCACCAGAAAUUGGGCAAUGGUCAGGCUUACCUCGCGUCAGUGUGUCUUGUGUUUUAUCAGUAGCCAUGGCGUUUUCUUUGGAGAUUGUGUUGCGGUAGCCUGUCAUAUCUCCUAUACCCAAUGCGAGAUCCGGAUGCAGCGGCGAUGUUUCUAAUCGACAGAGGGCAUAUGGCGCUUUGAUUUCCUGCAAGUCACUGGUGGUUUUGGCCUGCCUUUCUGCACCCGAUAGAAUACUAAUGCAUAAAAAUAAAAAUAAAGAUAAAUAAGACGACAGAAAAUAACUAAAAAAAUAUGCUACAUCAUGAGUCUAAAACAAAAUGAUUGAUUAUAAAAUGUUUUAAAUCUCAUCCUGUCACCAAUGUAUUGUCUCACUGCAAAGUUCAUAAACGAACAGGCCGACAUUUACAUUUAAAUAUGAAUUCGUACCAACAUUGCUAUUAGUUAGUUUGAUUAGCCUAGUUUUAACUUCCAUAAGUAACUCAUUUCAUUACAUUGUGUUAUACUCUAAAUACUUUAAAAGAAUAGGCUUAUAGGUGUUUUUGAGUUAGUCAUUUCACCUGUCUAAUAUGAAUAUUGUAGCAAGAGAAUGCAGUAGACAUAGAAUGUAAGGACAUAGAAAUGAUGUCUAUCAUGGCCCCAAUGAAACCAUUUCACUGAUUCUGAAUGUCUGGCACGCGCCAUCAGCUGGUUGAAACCUUCUAAAUGUGACACACUGAUACUGAUAUUCUCUGCCCCACUGGCAGUCUGGCGUGCGAGGCGAGCUGAAUGCGCUCGUUGCAUGGCCUGUUGUUCUUUGCGUAAUUGGGCCAGAACAGGUAAUCAGCAGCCCUACUAUGCGGACAGGGAACAGAGGUAGCACUGUUUACUCACUGAGCAUAUUAUAAUACUGCAGGAAAUACGAAACUCCCGUGGCCCUGCAGGCAGGCGUGUGGACAGGGAUUGUCUGCCGUUAUCAAAUAUAGCCGUAAGUAUACAUGAAGAGACGCCGACCAAAUUGAUGGAUGAAAAUGAAUUUGUGAAGGACGCAAAACAAUUCCAGACUGAUGCAGUAUUAUCAUACAUUAGUAGUUUUACAACAUUUGUUCAUUUUGAGAAAUGCUAUAUAAACCAGUGAGGGGCUAUUCAACAUGUGACUAUUUGGGCACAACCACCUCCAUACUUCGCCUACUAUUCUAUAAUUCGCAUUCUCAUUCGUGCUCCAUCGAUGACGGAAAUAUGUGGAUACUGUACCAUUAUCAAGCACAGAGAUAACACGUCUCAUGAGUCAUGUUGAUUAGAGACACACGUAGCACACUCCGACCCAUAGCAACCCUGACUGACUGGCACCCAGGUGCAGUUGGUCCCCGCGUUUCCUCUCUCCCCUGUCUGUCCUGUCCUGCAGCUAGGGAUAGGGAGGGAUUAAGUAACACAUUGAUAAAGCAGUGUAUCACUUAUCCUGAUUGCCAUGGGUUUUAAUUCCCCGUGGAGAGAUACAGGCUGAUCCGUGAGAGGGAGCUGUCUGGAGAGCUGUUUGUUCUGUAGACGGACCAAUCAUUGGCCCCAGGGGCGGCAAUGAACUGAGGACGAGUUUCCUCUAGCCUAGGCACCUGUCCCCGCCCACAACACCUGGCAGACGGGAGAGGGCGUGUGCGCAUGCUCCAUCCUCAGCCAGAAAUCUCUUAUAGUUGACCACACAUUGUCAACCAAUAGUCUUCAAAUAUUUUCAGGGAUAAGACAGCAACAACGCAUCACAGGAACAGAGGAGCAGAUUGCUAUUGGAUCUGGAUGGCCAGUGAUUUUGGAUAUUAGCAAAGACCAAACAAGGAGAGUGAAAAUGCCUCGGUCCUUCUUGGUGAAGAGUAAGAAGGCGCACAGCUACCACAAGCUCCGCUCCUUUGAAGAUGACUGUAGACUGGAUACUAUCUUAGCUCAUAUAUGUGCAGAGAAUAGUAAGAUUCCAGAGGAAUCGGACGCCUUGACAGGAGGCGAUGCCAUCCGAGAGUUCACCACGGACUCUCACCUGGAGGACACGGCUGACUUCUCCUCCAAGUCCACACUCAACUGUGGGGACAGUGUGUGCGGUCCAGCUUCAGUUUAUGAAGACUUCUGGCGGCCUCCAUCGCCUUCAGCAUCACCAGUAGAUUCAGAGAAAUCCCUGUCUCCCUCGGUGGACGAGACACAACCCUUCCCCGUUGUUCCUUUCCGGCCCUAUGCGUGGAACAGUUACUCUGGUUCGGACAUCCGUCACCUGGUCCAGCAGAGUCUCCAUCACCAGCACCACCACCCCAUGGACUUGAAGAGAUGCCCGGCGAUAGGGUACUACGGCGACCGGGCCAUCGAACCAACCCUCUUUAACAGAAGUCCGGUAGCAGAAAAUUACAGUGAUUACCGGUCUGCUGCGGGUCUGUCCGAGGUUGGGUUGUACUCCGAAGGGAACCUGCACGGGAAAAGCCCAGAAAUCAAGGCUGAGUCUGACUUACUCUGCUCACGGCUCAUUCUGAAUGGUGCCUACAAGUGCAUCAAAUGCAGUAAGGUGUUUUCGACUCCGCAUGGGUUGGAGGUUCACGUUCGCAGAUCACACAGUGGCACGAGGCCCUACGCUUGUGAUAUCUGUGGCAAAACCUUCGGACAUGCUGUCAGCCUCGAGCAACAUAAAGCUGUGCACUCUCAGGAAAGAAGCUUUGAUUGCAAAAUAUGCGGUAAAAGCUUCAAAAGGUCGUCGACUCUCUCCACGCAUCUCCUCAUCCACUCUGAUACACGGCCUUACCCAUGCCAGUAUUGCGGGAAGAGGUUCCACCAGAAAUCAGACAUGAAGAAACACACAUUCAUCCACACAGGUGAGAAGCCGCACAAAUGCCAGGUGUGUGGGAAAGCGUUCAGCCAGAGCUCCAACCUCAUAACGCACAGCCGGAAACACACGGGCUUCAAACCAUUCGGAUGCGACCUCUGCAGCAAGGGAUUCCAGAGAAAAGUCGAUUUAAGAAGACACAAAGAAACACAACAUGGACUAAAACCCUCAAACUAAAACAAAACACUUGUUUUUGGAAACCAGAAAUAAGCUAGUUAUCCAUUCCUCAAACAUUUCAGACUGUGAUUUACUGGUGGAGUGUUGUAGAGGCUUUUGUGCAGUGUUGGUUAAGACAAAACCGGUUUGAACCAGGGAGGGACACUAUCUGAACCCAAAAUAUUAGUACAAAAUAACCGGAUAGGUAAUAACCACAAAGAAAGCGCGUUACCAAAAACAACAGAUGAACAAUUUCCAACGGACAAUUGGGAAAAUAGCCCUUGUCUAAAGAAUGACACUUUGUUUUUAAUUGGACGCCAUGGAUGCUGGCACAACAGUCACUACAAUAAGGCUAUGUGAUUUAAUAAACAAGGGUUGUGUAUUUA